CGGAGGGGCUGCGGAAAUGCCAGAGGAGCCUCCGGGCCGCCGCUCGCGGGUCCCUCCCCCGGAAGUUCCGCCCCGCCCCCACGUGCUCCGGCUCUGGCGGCCAUGGCGGCGGCGGCGGGCGGCGCCUCGUGGCGGCGACGCGCCAAGGAGGCCGCGCUGGUCCUGGGCGGGGGCAGCCUGCUCUUCGCCUCCUACCUGGCGGCCACGGGAGACGAGCGUUUCUAUGCGGAGCGACUGAUGCCGGCGCUGCAGCGGCUGGUGGGUCCCGAGACAGCCCACGCCCUGGCUGUGCGCUUCAUUGCACUGGGGAUCCUGCCGCGCUCCAGCCGGGCGGAUUCAGACAUGCUGGAGGUGGAGGUCUUUGGGCGGCGCUUCCGCAACCCCCUGGGCCUGGCUGCCGGGUUCGACAAGCACGGGGAGGCUGUGGACGGGCUCCUUCAGAUGGGCUUUGGCUUCGUGGAGGUGGGGAGCGUCACGCCGGAGCCCCAGGAGGGCAACGCCAGGCCCCGCGUCUUCCGGCUGCCUGAGGACCAGGCCAUCAUCAACAGGUACGGGUUCAACAGCCACGGACACGCCGUUGUGCAGCGCCGGCUCUGGGCCCGACGGGAGACGCAGUCCCGGCUCAGCAGAGCGGGGAUGCCGCUUGGAAUCAACCUGGGCAAAAACAAGGACUCCCCGGACGCUGCCGCGGACUACGUGGCCGGGGUGCGGGUGCUGGGCCCCUUGGCCGACUACUUGGUGGUGAACGUGUCCAGCCCCAACACGCCGGGACUGCGGGACCUGCAAGGCAAAGCCGCCCUGCGCCUCCUGCUGGCCAAGGUGCUGGCAGAGAGGAAUGCCCUGGCCGGGGAGCACAAGCCGGCCGUGCUGGUGAAGAUCGCGCCGGACCUCACAGCCCAAGACAAGCAGGACAUCGCCAGUGUCGUCUGUGAGCUCGGCAUCGACGGCUUGGUGGUCGCCAACACUACUGUGAGCCGCCCCAGCACGCUGCGUGGGGUUCUCCGUGGCGAAGUGGGGGGGUUGAGCGGAGCGCCCCUGCGCCAGCUCUCCACACAGAUGGUCAGCGAGAUGUACUCCCUCACGCAAGGCCGGGUCCCCAUCAUUGGCGUGGGUGGGGUCUGCAGCGGGCGGGAUGCCCUGGAGAAGAUCCGCGCAGGCGCUACCUUGGUGCAGAUGUACACUGCCCUGGCCUACCGGGGGCCGCCGGUCAUAGGAGCCGUGAAGCAGGAGCUGGAGGCUCUGCUGCGGGAGCAAGGGUUCCAGAGCGUCCAAGAGGCCGUGGGAGCGGACCACGGCCACUGAGGAUUCCUGGCUCUGGGGUACCUGCCAGACUCGGCUGUGACGUCAGCACCCCUUGUGCCAAGACAGCGGUUUCCCCAUGGAUGUGCCCAGUGGCAGGGCAGGAUGGUGGCCCCCACAGAUGCAGCCCCUUGCUCCAGGAGGCCUCCCUCGCAGGCCCAUGGGGGGAAGGGGCUUCUCUGGCGGGCAAGGCAGGCAGGGGCCCCGUCCUCCUCCCAGGACCCUCCCUGGACGGGGCUUGCCUGUAACGCUAUUGACCUGGCAGCUUGUGUCCUUGGCAAGCACGGAAUGGGCAAAUAUGGGUCCUGUCAAGAGGCUGGGCUGGGCUCUCUAUCGGCAAUCACGUGGCAAUGCAAGGUUUUGGGGGAGAUGCUGCAUGGGGCUGGAUGCCCUUUGGCCACGGGUAGCCGCUGUGGCUGCCCAUGUGCCCCCGCGAGCCAACACAGGCCCUUCAGUUUUGGGGGUGAGGCACGAGCUGCUGUUGGAGAGAUGAGAAAUGUGCGGCCUUCGUGGAGAAGGGCUUUUGUCGGUGGCCGGGGUGGGGUGGGAGGGGAUGUCUGUUGGGAUCCCAAGAGGAAGCUCCUUGGCAGCUUACUGGGAUGGACACCUGGGGAAGCGGAGGGGGGGGCACCACCGUUUGCCUUUUUGAGACGCCCUCAGGAGGAGGAGGAGGAGGAGGCGUCGUCUCUUGCCAGGAACUUCAGCUUGGCGGGCCUCUUAAAAUAAGGCUUUGCUGACCUAAAUGAAAUCUGAGAUCCCUUUCUAUUUUUUGCAGACCACUGGUCUGAUUUUUAUGUUGCUUCGUGCUGUGAAGACAAUGCAAAACAAUAAAACACAUCUUUAUUUGUAAAA